AUGCAGUCCAGACAACCGGACACGCGCGUGCUCCUGGAACUGGAAGAAGGGAAGCCGGUGGGGACGCUGGUGGGCCACAUCCCGACCAGGGACAACUUCACGUACCGCUUCAACGAACCGCCUGCCGAGUUAACGUUGGACCCGGUGUCCGGGGCCAUCAGGACGGCGGUGGUGAUCGACAGGGAGUCGCUCGCGAGUGAUCGUUUCGACCUGGUGGUGUUAAGUAGCCAGCCCACGUACCCGAUCGAAGUGAGGCUGCGUGUGUUGGACGUGAACGACAACGCUCCCGUGUUCCCGGAGGCUAGCCUCGCUGUCGCCUUCUCUGAAGAGGCCAACGUGGGCACCAGGGUGAUCUUGGACACGGCGAGUGACGGAGACGCCGGAUCCAACGGCCUCAGCACCGACUAUCGAAUCGUGGCCGGCAAUGAGGACGCCAGGUUCCGGUUAGUAGUGACGACGAACCCCAGCGGUGAAACUCCCUUCUUGCACCUCGAGACCACGGGAAGACUGGAUCGGGAGGCCAGGGACGCCUACACGCUCAACGUGUCCGCCAGCGACGGUGGCACACCGCCACGACUUGGCUACCUGCAGGUGAACGUGUCUGUGCUGGACGUGAACGACAACCCGCCCAUGUUCGACCACAGCGACUACUUCGUCAGCAUCAACGAAAGCCUGCCUGUGGGCGCCAGCAUACUUCAAGUCCGGGCCACGGACGCCGACGCGGGCGUCAACUCCCAAGUCGCCUACUACCUCGACGCCCAAGGCGACUUCACCGUCGACGCAGACACUGGAAUCCUGCGCACGGCGUCGGCCCGCCCGCCCCGCUGUCCCCGGAUCCGCCCAGACUCGCCGCGAAGCUGCGUCUUCACCGUCUUCGCCCACGACCACGGCUCGCCCAGACAGGACGGCCGUGCGUACGUCACUGUAAGCCUCGUGGACGCCAACGACCACGAGCCGGUCAUCCGGUUCAGGGUCUUCACCGCGCCGGACAGCUACGCGACGGUAGACGAGAACGCCCAGAACGGGUCCGUGGUAGCCGCCGUCAGCGUCAUCGACCACGACGAGGGCCCAAACGGGGACACGGUCGUCCAAAUCCACGGUGGCAACGAGCUGGGGCACUUUCGGCUCGAGAAGACGCCCAGCUUCGACAUCGUUCGCGUCAACGGCGUACUAGACCGAGAACGUGUCAGCCGUUACAACCUUACGGUGACCGCAACGGAUCGGGGUUCGCCGGCACGCUCGUCAACCGCGUACCUGCUCAUCCUCGUCAAUGACGUGAACGACCACGAGCCCGUCUUCGAGAAGGCGGAUUACUCGGCGCUCCUCAGCGAGCUCUCGCCCGUAGGAAGCUUCGUGUCGGCCGUCACGGCCACAGACCGUGACACCGGCAUCAACGCCCGACUCUCCUACUCCAUCGCAGCCGGCAACGAGCGUCUCUGGUUCAAAAUCGACGCCAACACCGGUCUGGUCACCACGGCACGCCCGCUGGACCGCGAGCUCCAAGACCUCGUGGAACUCAAGAUCUCCGCCAAGGAUGGCGGACCCAAUCCUCGCUGGGCGCACGCCGUGUUGCGUGUGCAACUUCUGGACGAGAAUGACGAAGCGCCUUCGUUCGCCCUGCAGCAGAUCAAGGCGUCGCUUCCCGAAAACGCCGAACCUGGAUCACUUGUGUCUGUUCUUUCGGCUUCUGACGGUGACCUCGGCACCAACGGGAGUGUCGUGUACGGUCUUGACCCUCAAGUGGAACUGUCCUACCCUGGUGUCUUUCAUCUGGAACCCAUCCAUGGAAGGCUGAGCGUGCGGCGCAGCCUGGACCGUGAACUUCAGUCCAACUACAACGUCCUGGUCGUGGCCAAGGAUCAAGGCAGUCCAGCGCGCUCUUCGACGGCCACCGUCCAAGUCUCCGUGAUCGACGUGGACGACCAUCGGCCACGGUUCUACCCGACGCAGUACUUUGUCGAGCUUGCCGGCGGCGCGGCGCCUGGGAGUUUUGUGUGCACUGUGGUGGCUACCGACGACGACGAAGGCAGCAACGCGCUCGUCUCCUACUCGAUCCUUGGCGGUGCCCAGGGGAGAUUCACCGUCAACGAGACGACGGGGCAGCUGAGCACCACGCAGGAACUCCGGCUCGAACAGCAGGCCCGCUACGAGAUACAGAUGUCGGCUCGGCACCCUAGCGGACGGGACGUGGACUACCAGGACACGGCUCUGGUCGUGGUCUUCGUGAGAGACACUGGGCGAGCACUGCCAUUGCGCUUCACCCUGCCUCGAGGUGCCGCUGAGUACAGCUUCCAGAUACCAGAAGACGGACCCGAAGCAAGGAUCGGUCGUGAGCUAGGACGGGUGUCCCUGGAACGCUCUGACCAGGUGGACCGUGCACGCUUUUCCAUCGUGGACGGCGACCCCCUGGGCUGGUUCCGCCUGGACCCCGUCACCGGCGUCCUGACCACCGCGGCGCCAUUGGACCGCGAGCGCAACGCCCGUGUCACCCUCACCGUAGUCGCCAAUACGCUGGCCUUCUUCACCCGCGCAAGCGUCGCCGUCACCCUGGGAGAUGUGAACGACAACGCGCCCCGGUUCGCACGCCCGUUGGUUAGGCUUAGCGUGGCGGAAAGCUGGCCCACGGGACUGGAACUCUACGUGCCGGAGGCGAGCGAUCCGGACGACGGCGUCAACGCCGACCUCGAGUUCCGCCUGGAGUCCGGACCCGCGGCCCUAUUCGGCGUGGAUGCUCGCACGGGCAUGGUGCGGCUCCUGCGACCUCUCCGGACGCAGGCGGGCAAAGAGUUUGCGCUCGAGUUGGCCGCUUCGGACCGUGGCCAGCCACGCCUGAGUUCCAAGCAGCAACUGCUCAUCAGGGCCUCAGUAACCGAGCUCAGUUCGUGGGGUUACUGGCCGGUUUUAGGCCUCAGCAACAGCGCACAGUCCAUGAUGUUCAUGGUUGGUAUUAGGCCUAUUAACAACAGAGCACAGUUCAUGGGGUUUAUGGUGGAAGACGUGAACGACCACACGCCCACGUUCGAGCGUCCAUCGUACGAGACGUCGCUGCUGGAGCUGACGGCCGUCAACGAGCGCUUCUUCAUGCUCAGGGCGUCUGACGCCGACUCGGGAGAAAACGGCAGGGUCUCCUACGAAAUCUCCGAAGGAAACCAGGAGGGGCGCUUUGGCGUCUUCCCCGACGGCGCGGUGUACGUGAAGAAGGCCCUCGACCGCGAAUGGCGAGACCUGUACGCCCUGACGGUGGUGGCCCGCGACAGCGGCGACCGUCCGCGCUCUUCGGCCGUCUCCCUCCUCGUGCACGUCCUCGACGAGAACGACAACCCGCCCGUCUUCGACAACGCCACCUUCGCUUUCUCUCUGGCCGAGAACGAACCGCCGGACACGCACGUCGGCAAGCUCAGCGCCGACGACGGCGACCGAGGCCGCAACGCCGAGCUCACCUUCUCGCUGGCGUCGAACGAGAACGACUUCGCCGUCGACCCGAGGACCGGGUUCGUGCGGACGCUGCGCUACUUCGAUCGGGAGAAGCUGCUCGAGCUCACCGGACACGACACCAUCACAAUGGACGCCGUCGUGCUCGACUCCGGCAUCGCCAGGCUGCGAGGGGAGGCAAAAGUUCUGGUGAGGAUCACGGACGUGAACGACAACGCUCCGGUGUUCUCCCGGCCCAACUACCGUGCCAGCGUGUCCGAAUCGGCGCCACUACGCAGCGCCGUGCUCCGCGUCAGCGCCACGGAUGCCGACCAGGGUCCCAACGGUGACGUGCUCUACGCCAUCGCCGACGGCAACCAGGAAGAGAGCUUCGCCAUCGACGAGGCCACAGGACAGGUCAUCCUGAUGGCCCCGUUGGACCGAGAACGCACGGGCUCCUACACCCUGACCGUGAUCGCCAGGGACACCGGGGCGAGAGUGCAGCACACGUCCACGGCUACGGUGCUCGUUCAGGUGCUGGACGAGAACGACAACGCACCGGAGUUUGUACCAGGACCGCUCAGGGCGGAUGUUCUCGAGACCACUGCCGUGGGCUUCGAGCUGCACCGCUUCUCGGCCAUGGAUCGGGACCUGGGGAUGAACGGAGAGGUGGCGUUUGCCAUCGCCGCGGGGAACGUCAAGGAAGCUUUCAAGGUGGACAGCGUUACCGGGGCACUCUUCCUGGACCGUCCACUGGACUUCGAGCAGCAGAGCAGCUACACGCUCAACAUCACAGCCAGCGACGGGGGCUCGCCCCGUCAGUCCAGCGCCCUCUCCUUCUCCGUGCGCGUCCUGGACGUCAACGACAACCCGCCCCAGUUCGCCAACGUCGCCAUCGUUCGCCAGAUCGAGGAGGGCCUCCCCGUCGAUACGCCGGUGGUCACCGUCACAGCCGUCGACCGAGACUCCGCGGCAAACGGCAGGGUCACCUACCAGAUUACGGGUCAGGAACCACCAGGGGCCCAUUUCACGGUGCGUCCAGACACGGGCGUCGUGCUGACGGCGGCCGAAAUCGACCGCGAGUUCAGCGACACCUUCAAGCUGACGCUAACGGCGACGGACCAGGGUAACCCAGGCCUCUUCUCCCACAAGACGGUGACCAUCAUCGUCGAAGACGUCAACGACAACGCGCCCGCUUUUGUGUCUGUAGACGCGGGCGUCCUACCAGAAGACUCGGACAAAGGGUACGUGGUCAUGAAACUGGAGGCCGUUGACGUGGAUGCCAACGCCAACGGCCAGGUGACUUACGAGCUCGUGGACGGUGACAAGACGUUGUUCUCUUUGGAUCGCGUCACCGGGGAGCUGUCCCUAAACCGGGCCGUGGGCAGGCCAGCUGUGUCGUACUCGCUCGCCGUGCAAGCUUCUGACCAGGCGGUACCGUCGCAACGGAAGACCUCCAGGGCUCAGGUGACAGUUCUUGGUGCCAGCAAGAGACCGCAGGCGGCGCCGACCUUCUCGGCUCCGCAGUACGCGGCAUCGGUGUUCGAAAACGAACCGGCGGGGACCAGUGUUCUCGCGGUGCGUGCGGACGCCAAGUCCGAUGCGCGUGUACAGUUCUUCCUGACGUCUGUGAGGAGUGCUGGUGCGGCGACAGGACGCCGGUUCGCGGUCCAUCGCGACACCGGGCUCGUGACGACCGCGUCACCCUUGGAUAGAGAGGCCGGGAGUGACGUCUUUCAGCUAGAAGUGCUCGCUGUGGACGCCGCAUCCAAGGUACCCAGGACUGCCAAGGCAACGGUGACUGUGACUGUCCUGGACCGCAACGACAGCCCGCCCCGAUUCCAGAAUGGGCCGUACACCAUCUCCCUGUCCGAAGAUGCUCCGGUGGGCUCGACAGUGGCAGUUCUGCAGGCGGACGACCCCGACCUGGAAGGCAGCGUUCGCUUCAGCAUCGCCGAGGGCCAGUCGGAUGCCGGGCACUUCCGGAUCGAUCCCCAGACCGGCGCGCUCCUCCUGGUUGAAGCCCUGGACAGGGAGCUGCAGGCGCAGCAUCUGUUCUCGGUGACGGCUACGGAUGGACUCCAGUCGACAGAGGCGCUCGUCUCUAUUGAGGUAACCGACACGAACGACAAUCUGCCACUCUUCGGCGAGGCGGCGUACUCGUUUGACCUCUGGGAGGACACCCAGCGGGGCGCCCAGGUUGGGGCAGUGUCGGCCGUGGACGCGGACUUGGGCCUCAACCGGCAAGUCAGCUACUCGGUGCUGAGCGACUGGGCCAACGAUGUCUUCUCGCUCAACCCACAGACGGGCGUGUUCACCCUCACUUCGCACCUCGACUACGAACUGUACCAACAUUACGUUCUGGUGGUGCAAGCCCAAGAUUCCGGCACACCCAGCCUUUCAAGUACAGCCACGGUUUACGUGAACGUCCUUGACCUGAACGACAACGCCCCCCUCUUCGACCCGAUGAGCUACAGCGACGAGGUGUUAGAAAACGUCACGGUGGGUUCCAGCCUGCUGCGCGUCAGCGCCACCGACCUGGACUCGGGUGACAAUGGGCGCAUAGUCUACAGCAUUGCGGAAGGUGACCCCGGCGGCCAGCUCGCCAUCUUGGCCAACGGAACCAUUGUCACACGUCUUCCACUGGACCGGGAACGCAAGUCACUCUACAGUCUGGUUGUUCGGGCCACCGACCAGGCGCCGGAAGUCCAUAAGCGUCUGUCGAGCAGCGUGCAGGUGACCAUCGUGCUCAAGGACGUCAACGACAUGGUGCCCGAAUUUGUCACCCCCAACGUGACCAGCGUCCAGGAGAAUGCGCCGGCUAACACCAUCGUGAUGGCCGUCAAGGCCGUGGACCGCGACGAGGGACGCAACAGCUACGUCGAGUACAGCGUCUCCCCCGAGCACACCUUCUCCCUCGGACCCGUGGAUGGACUGCUCCGCGUCCGGGGACUGUUGGACCGCGAGCAGCGCGCCAGCUACGAGCUGCUGGUGACCGCGCGGGACCGGGGCCACCCCGUGCGGGUGGCCUCGCAGCGGCUCCGGGUGCGGUUGCUCGACGAGAACGACAACAGCCCCGUGUUCGACCCGCGGCAGUACAGCGCGGCGGUGUCGGAGAACUCGAGCGUCGGGGCAAGCGUGCUCCGGGUGUCCGCCACGGAUCAGGACGAGGGAGCAUCUGGACAGGUGCGCUACUCCAUCAUUGCGGGCGACCCCAACCAUGACUUCUCCGUUGGACAAGACACCGGGGUGCUCCGGGUCCGCCGCUCCCUCGACUACGAGCGCCGCACCCGCUACCUCCUCACCCUCCAGGCCGAAGACUGUGCCGGCGCCAGCUCCGAGCUCCGCUUCGACACCGCCACAGUCACCAUCUCGGUGACGGACGUCAACGACAAUGCGCCCGCCUUCCUCGACUCGCCGUACGAACUGCACGUCGUCGAGAACGCGGCGACGCCGGUGGUGCUCCUGACGCUGGCGGCGCACGACGCGGACCAACUCCCGAGCGGUCCGAUCCACUACCGGCUGGAAGACCUGGGGCACGGAGCGUUCCGCAUCAACGGGACUUCGGGGGAGCUGUCGCUGGAGCGGCCGCUGGACAGGGAGCUGCGUGACCGCUACCUGCUCACUGUUCUUGCCGUGGAUUCGGGCAAUCCCAGACAGACAGGGACCGGCACGGUCAGCGUGUUUGUGAGCGACGUCAACGACAAUGCUCCAGAGUUUGAUCGCAGUCGCUACGUAGCGUCACUGGCCGAAAACCAGCCUGCUGAUCACCCCGUGACUCGCAUCACUGCAACAGAUGCCGAUGUUGGUCGUAAUGCACGCAUCAGGUACUCGCUGCACGGGGAGCAAGGCAGCCGAUUCAGCGUGGACGCCGAGAGCGGUCUAGUGCGGGCCCGCGUUCCGAUGGACCGCGAGGAGUGCGAGCGCUACGAGCUCCGGCUGGUGGCCCACGACGACGGUCUGACCGUGCGCCACUCGGCCACGGUUGAGCUGGUGGUCCUGGUCACGGACCAGAACGACAACCGACCCACCUUCGCCAGUGCCAACACAAGCGUCGUCGUGCCCAGCGGCGCCGAACCGGGCCACUUCGUUCUGGGUGCCCGGGCAACGGACGCAGACUCGGGCCCCAACGGACAACUGGUAUUCCACCUGUCCGGACCUGACGUGGACAAGUUCCAGAUCCAACAGGACACCGGAGUGAUCCGACUGGCACACCGCCUAGCCUCCUCCUCUCCGCGCGACGACUCCAGCUACGAGAUCCAAGUCCACGCCACAGAUCAAGGCCGGGUUCCGCUCGUCUCCAGCAUGACCGUGUUCGUGUCCACUGCGGACGCACGGCAGUUCCCCAAGUUUCGUUCCAGCACGCCAGGCAUGCUCACUCUCGCGGAGGGAGGCGGCAACGGCGUCGCCCCGCUGGCCACUCUGUCCGCGACGUCUCCGAAAAAGGGUCCGGCGGGACGGAUAACAUACCGCGUUGCCAGCGGAGGCAACGCAUUCGCGCUCCACCCCGACUCCGGGGUCCUGACCGUAAUCCGCGGGGAUGCGCUCGACUUGGAAGCGACUCCGCGGCUCCAGCUGUGGCUCGAAGCUCGGGAUGCUGACGAACCAGCACUCAGCAGCGCCGUGCGGAUCGACGUGCAGCUCACCGACGUCAACGACAACGUCCCGGAAUUCGAGCGAGAUGUCUACAACACGUCUGUGCGGGAAGAGCAGUCGGCGGGACAACUUGUGGCGCAACUGCACGCACGUGAUGGCGACAGCGGCGUUAACGGCAAGCUGCGCUACGAGCUGCGUCCGCUCCCAACGUCGCGCGACUUCGAUGACCUGCCAUUUGAGAUUGACGCCGCGACGGGAGAGCUCCGCACGACGGCGAGGCUCGACCGCGAGACCGUGGCGCACUACCGGUUCCUCGUCGAGGCCAGAGACGAGGGGGACCCCAGCCUCACCGGAACCGCGACGGUGCUCGUGUCGGUCUCGGACAAGAACGACAACCCGCCCCGUUUCACGCGUCUCUUCAGUGUCAACGUGACGGAGAAUGCGCCCCUCGGCGCCUUCGUGAUCCAGGUGACCUCUUCGGAUCGCGACGCCGCGGAGAACGCCAACGCCACCUACUCAUUCACCGAAAACCCGGGGGAACGGUUUGCAAUCGAUCCGCUGACCGGCAAUGUCACGGUCGCCGGUCCGCUCGACCGGGAGCUCCGCGACGAGUACCUACUCAAGGUAGCGGCCGUCGACGGUUCGUGGAAGGCCGAGACGCCCCUCACGGUCUCCUUGCAAGAUGUGAAUGACAACGCUCCGCGGUUCGAGCGGAUGGCUUACCGGUUCCGCCUUCCCGAGCUGCAGUCCGGCGGCUCCUUUGUCGGUCGCGUGGCCGCCACGGAUGCGGACAAGACCGGACCCAACGCCGCGGUUUCGUACUCGCUACGUCGGCCGUCGGACUUGUUCCGCGUGGAUCCGGCAACCGGCGAGGUCCUCAGCAAGCAACCGCUCCGCUACCGUCGGUCUCCGAGAGGAGCCACGUCCCCAGAAAACCAGCACGUGCUUCGCGUGCUCGCGACGGAUCAUGGCAAGCCACCGUUGUCCUCGGAGACGACCGUCUAUGUGAGCGUCGUGGAUGCCAACAACCAUGUGCCAAAGUUUGAGCAGACAACGUACUUCUCGCCGCUACCAGACAACGCGGCUGUGGGACUCUCGGUGGUGCGAGUUACGGCAAGGGACGAUCAAGAUGUCGGGGUCAAUGCAGAGUUGAUGUACAGCAUCUUCGAUGGAAAUGGCACCGAUCUGCUGGACAUACACCAGACCUCAGGGUGGCUGACGGUGGCCAAACCCCUGCCGAGACAACAGGGGCAGAUGUUCGCGCUCAAGGUUCGGGCCACCGACCAAGGCGUGCCUCCCAAGUCUGCCGACACGGUCGUCUCGGUCACCAUCACUGGAGAGAACCAGUUCAGCCCGGUGUUUACCGCCCUCAGCUACCAGAUCAUCAUCCCCGAGAAUGAACCAGUUCAUUCGGAGCUCCUCACGGUCUCUGCCACUGAUGCCGAUUCUGGUCUCAACGGCGAAGUGCGCUACUCUAUCGAGUCCGGCAACACGGGAGACAGCUUCGCCAUGGAGCCCCACAAUGGCGCACUGACCAUCAGUGCGGUCCUCGACUACGAGACCGUGCCAGAGUUCCGACUCAACGUCAGCGCGUGCGACGCCGCGUUCCACCGGAAGUGCGCUUCGGCCACGCUGACCGUGAUAGUGACCGACGUCAACGAUUGCCCGCCGCAGUUCAACGCGACUCACUUUGACGCCUACGUCGCCGAAAACGAGCCUCCGGGUACCACGGUCACUCAGCUGUCCGCAAGCGACGCCGACUCCGGACGCAACCGCAUUGUCCAGUACGCGCUCGUCGGAGGGUCGUCCGACUUCGCUGUCGACCCCCAAAGCGGGGUCGUGACCGCGCAGAGCAGCUUCGACUACGAGCAGACGAGCGAGUACGUUCUCGAGGUGGUCGCGAGCAACCCGGGCUCACUUCAGUACAGCUCAUGCCAACUCCGCGUCCACGUCACCGGGAAGAACGAGUUCUUCCCGCGGUUCGUGCAGCCCGUCUUUCAGUUCGCGGUGAGCGAGUCGACGGUUGUCGGAACGGCUGUGGGUCGUGUGCUUGCGACAGACGAGGACUCCGGCCCCGAAGGCGACGUCUACUUCCUGUUCGUCGGCAGCAGCAACGACCGCGGCUUCCGGAUUCAGCCGAGCACGGGCGUCAUCACGGUUUCACGCACGCUGGACCGCGAGGCGCAGGCGCGUGUUGUGCUCUCCGUGAUGGCCAAGAACGGUGGCAGCAUCCGCGGCAACGACACCGACGAAGCCCAGGUCGUGGUCAGCAUCCAGGACGGCAACGACCCACCCGUCUUUCUCCAGCCGCUGUACGAGGCCCGCAUCAGCGAGGCUGCCCCAGUCGGUUCCCCGGUGCUCUCCGUGUCCGCGGUGGACCGCGACGUGCGUCCCAACAACCAUCAGUUCUUUUACUCUAUCCUCGAGGGCGACCCAAACAAAGUGUUCGGCGUGGACUCGCAGACGGGACUCCUACACACGGCGGCGCCGCUGGAUCGUGAGUCCGUGCCAUCGUACACGCUCACACUCGCAGCAAUCGACCGCGGCAGUCCGCCACAGACCGGCACCGCGACGGUGCGUGUCACCCUCGACGACGUCAACGACAACGGCCCCGAGUUCGAGCCGGCCGAUCUCCUCGGCUACGUCCUCGAGGACGAGCCGCCGUACACGAGCGUCCUCACACUCGCUGCGAGAGACCGCGACCUGGCGCCCAACGGAGCACCGUUCGCUUACUCGCUGGUCGGCGGAGCGCGUCGGAAUCUGUUCGAGCUGGACCGCCAGACCGGAGUGCUCCGCACCACCCAGCGCUUGGACCGGGAGGCUACCCCGUCGUUGCAGCUGCUGGUGGAGGUCCAGGACAGCGGGAACCCACCGAUCAGGGCACGGCACGGCCUCACGGUCCUGCUCGUUGACAAGAACGACAGCCCCUCGUCGCCGCGGUCUCUUACCGUCCUCGUCUGGGUCUACCACAGCGUGUUUGCGGGCGGAAAGAUUGCGGACGUCCGGCCGUUGGACCCAGACGCAACGGGGGAGUACCAGUGCCGUCUGGAGAGCCGCGAGUCCGUGUUCAGCAUCGUGAGCCAGUGUGACCUGCACGCAUCGCGCUUGCUCAGUCCGAGCAACUACAGCUUUACAGUGCGGGGCAAUGAUGGCUACCACCAGGAUGUCACGUCCACGGUGAACGUGCAGUUCAGGGUUUUCGACAAUGCGACAGUGGAGAACAGCGUCUCGCUGCGCGUGGUGAACCAGUCGGCCGGCGACUUCCUUGGCUCCAGCUACGACCGGUUUCUGGGGCUCCUGAGGCAGGUGUUGGAGGUGACUCGUGGAAUGGGCUCGCCAAUCGUCUACAGCAUGGCCGACGUCAAGGGACAGCUCCAACUCACCCUGGCUGUCCGAAAAAGCUCGGGUAUCCUCGUGUCCCCAGACAAGGUGUCCCAGCGCCUCGAGGCACGCAGGGACACCCUCCAGUCUUCCCUCGCUAAGACAAUUGUGGUCGGCUACGAGCCAUGCGCGAGCUCGCCCUGUCGCCAUGGCGGGACCUGCAGCUCUCGCCUCGACUUCCAGACGUCGCUCUCGAUCCUCGACUCUGCGCAGCUCGUGUUCGCAUCUCCCGGCGCCACCCGCUCCUUUGCAUGCUCCUGCCCGGUUGGAUUCUCCGGACUCCAGUGUCAAGACCAGCUUGAUCCGUGCUCGCCGAGCCCGUGCUCCGAGGGAUCGACCUGCCGGAUCGACGCGGCCACAACCGUCGGGUUCCAGUGCCUCUGUCCGGAGGAUCGGGAGGGCGAGCGCUGCGAGCGGCCACGGCGAAACAGCUGUGCCAGUGCCCCCUGCAAGAACGGAGGGAGUUGCCGGGAAGCGCCAGCCGGGUCGUUCUUUUGCCUGUGCCGUCUCGGGUUCAAAGGGUCCUUGUGCGAGCAGGCGGCGGACGGAUGUCGGCCAAGCCGGUGCCGGAAUGGGGCGACGUGCGUUGGCAAUGGGCCUGCAGGCUACCACUGCCUGUGCGAGCCGAACUUCUUUGGCCGCCACUGCGAGAAGUCUACGUUUGGCUUCGAGCCCUACUCCUACAUGGCCUUCCCGUCGCUCAAGCCCAGCACCAACGACAUCUCGGUCGUGUUCGCUACCAACCGGAGGCACGCACUGCUCGCCUACAACUUUGGCGCCCAGAACGGGGGGCGCUCAGACUUUGUGGCCCUGGAGAUCGCCGAUGGGAGGCCCACCUUCUCGUUCGGUGGUUCCCGCACGGCCGUCGCCAAAGUGGCGCUCGACCGGGAUGUCGCCGACGGAAAUUGGCACAGGGUCACCGUCAUCCGCAACGGACGGGUGGCCUCGCUGUCCGUGGUCAGCUGCCAGGACCACGGAGAACUCUGCGAGGAGUGCUCCCACGCCAACUCCAGCUGCUCUCUGUCUGUCACGGGACAGGCCGGGACUCUGAGCUUGAGCAGCCAACCGCUGUACAUCGGCGGCUUGCCCUCGGUGGAGCCCCUCCUCGAGCGCCCCAGCCAGGUCUGGGCGGACGACUUCGUGGGCUGUGUGCACAGCGUGGCUGUGGACGGGCAGCCGCUGGCGCUGGAGCGGCCCCUGCGCCAGCAGUACGUGGCGCGCACGUGCGGCCGCAGGGGGGACCCUUGUGCCACCGGGGGCUGCAGGGGUGCGAACGCCUGUCGGGACCUCUGGUCGGCGGCCGGGUGCACGUGUCCCGGAGGAAUGCUGGUUGCGCAAGACUGUGGCCAGGCAUUGGAACCGUACUGGCUCUCUGGGGGCUCUUUCCUGGAGCUGGUUCCUCAAGAGAAGCACCGACGAGAGGCACUGGUUCAGCAGCGACGGCGGCAGCAGCAGCAGCAGCAGCCCCAGCCCCAGCGCGCCAGCCGAGACCUUCCGCCCAGCAAGGCUCUGUCCCUGAGGCUUCGUACCCUUGCCCAGGACGGACUACUGCUACACGUAGCCACUGAGAGGGACCAUACACGGCUACAGGUAAGGCUGCACAUUUGGCAAAGUUUUCAUAGACUAGAGCAUACUGAAUUCUGGGAAGAAUCACAACGAUGGAAAUUUUCUUUCAUUUCAUUUGGCUUUGCUGACAGCACAACAUUUUGUCAGCAGCCAUUUAAACAUUGCUGUUUCAUAUUCCACAGUGCCUUGAAUCCUUGCGGAAACAUGUCUCAAGCUUGCAUCCAUCGAACACAUGCCUUUCUUUUUGUGCAGCUGGCGGAGGGCCACCUGGAGUACCUGUCUCAGAGCGGCCAGCAGGAGCCGGUGCAGUGGCGCCACCCCGCGCGCGUGUCGGACGGCCAUUGGCACCAGGUGGUCCUCAGCCGCACCCUAGAAACCGGUGGCGGGGCCGUCAGCCUUACCGUGGACGACCAGCAGCGCCGAGUGCCGACCGACGCGUCUCUCCACGACUUCCUCGAUCCUUUCCUGACGUCCUUCACCAUCGGAGGGCGCUGGGAGCAGAACGCCGUCUCGGCGGAAUCUCUUCCAGGCUCGCUUCAAGGAUGCGUCCAGCAGAUUGCCGUCAACGGAGAACUGCAGUCGGUCAACGCCAGCCAAGGCUACUUUCGGCUAGUGGCUCGUGGGGCCGUCGGCCGAAGCUGCAGCCAAGAAGCCCUACGCCUAGACGUAGCCGCCGACCCGCUCGGCGUAGGAAUCAUCCUGGUCAUUGCCUUCUUCGUCGUCCUCAUCCUCGUCAUCCUCGUCAGCCUCCUCGUGUUCCGCCGCUGCAAGCUCAAGCGCCACAAGGCGCCCACGCCGAUCAAACCCAACGGAAACGCCCUCAUCAACCAAAUCACUGAAGCCACGCGCGGCUCGGUUCACACAGAGCCUGGCUAUGCAGACGGCGCCACGCCCUCUGCUCCCGAAGAGCACCUGCGGAACCCGCCGUCUGCCCAGGACCUCGUCCCGCCGAAACGGGCAAAAGAACGCGACAUCGGGAGUGACAACCACCUACCGCGAACCCCGCAGCGCCCAGACAUCAUUGAACGAGAAGUGAUGCACGCGUCGUCGCCGCUCGCGGCGUCGCGCUGCGCCGAGCAGUCUGUUUACGGUGCGGCCGCGGAGCCGGAACACUACGACCUCGAGAACGCGAGCAGCAUCGCGCCGUCGGACAUUGACAUUGUGUACCACUACCGCGUGUUCCGCGACGGGAGCCAACUGCGGAAGCUGCACCACAACAAGGGGCUCCACAAGCAUCCGGGUCCGCACCGCCACAGUCCGGCAAGUCCGACGGCCCGACAGAGCCCGCGACAGCAGCUCCUCCUGCGCCCCGCCGCGCGUGACAGCCCGUCGGCAUUGAAGAUGCACCACAGCACGCCGCUGGCGAGGCUGAGCCCGUCGAGCGAGCUCUCGCGCCAGACGCCGCGGAUCCUCACGCUGCAGGACAUCAGCGGCAAGCCGCUGCAGACAGCACUCCUCGCUAGCGCACACCCGGGCAACGGGGCCAAGCCGUUCAAGGACGCUCUGACCAACUCUGAGCGCAGCCUCAACAGCCCCGUGAGCCAGCUCAGCCGCAGCACGGGGAGCCUUCCCUCCGCCAAGCUGAAGCAGGCGUGCGCGGCGCCGGCAGCGGAGAGCCGCCACGCGCAGCCGCUCGCGGGGCUCGGACUCACGGCGGAGGAGAUCGAGUGCCUCAACGCACGGCCCCGGAACUGCAGUCUUGUGAGUACACUGGACGCGGUUUCGUCUUCGGGGAGCGAGGGCACGAAGGGAAAGCUGUCGCAGCUGUUGGACGACCGGCCGGCCGCACUGCUGGAUGCGGCGACGGGUCACGACUCGUCGAGUGAUGAAAGCGGCAACGACUCCUUCACCUGCUCCGAGUUCGAGUACGACAACGGCUACGAGAAGGCACACCGCGACUUCGCACCGGGCAAUAUGAUCUUCUCAAAGCUGGCCGAGGAGGACAACGAGAACGACGAAGACUCGUCUAAGACGUACGACGGGUUUGACUCGUUCCGCGGCUCGUUGAGCACGCUGGUGGCCUCGGACGACGACCUGUCGCACCUCUCCUACAAACCGCCGAGCGGGGCGGUGUUGGGCUGGGACUGUCUGCUCAACUGGGGGCCCAACUUUGAGAACUUGGUGGGUGUGUUCAAAGACAUUGCGGACUUGCCGGACACGGUGAGCCCGCUCACGCCGGGGCACCCCAAGCCCAGCGAGGAAUACGUGUGACGGAAGGGUGCCCGAACUUGCUUUUGGGUGGGUCGUUCAUUGUGUGGACAGUGACUUUGCUUAGAAAUGGCAGCGAGCCAGUAACGAUGGCCUUUUCCUCAACGAUACGUUUCACAGUUUGCUUGACAGGAGGCACAACGCGUUACAUGCCAGACCCAUUACGUGCCCUGAUGUGCGUCGCGCUUUUGAACAGGUAGUUCACUGUGUGGACCGCCGUACUCAAAAAUGGCAGUGCCAUUGAGCCAAUAAUGUUGGCUUUCGUUACGAUGAUACAUUCCGCAAUGCGUUUGAUAGAGGGCAGCGGCCUGUCACGUGUGCCUCUUUUGAAUGGAUAGCGUGGUACGUAGAUGAGGAAUCUGUUUAAAAUAGCAGUGCCAUGAAACCAUAAUAUGAGGACACUAUCGAGCUAUGCAUUCCAUGACGAACUGGUGUAGUUGUUAGAGUUGCUGUACAAUGACCUCACGUACGACGCCACAACCUCUGUGUGUGCAAGUUUUAGCGUGAAUAGUUAGCCUAGAUUUUAUUCAGCUAUGACGGACAAGUGUUUGGUCCCUGUAACGGGCUUUCAAAAUUUAAUGCCGAGGGUAUGAGGCCGCAGAGUGUGUCAGUUACAGGGCGUUUGCCUGAACAGAUGUAGGAAUAAUUUAGAGCGUUGGAUAGACAGGAAUUUGCUCUGGAAUGCAAUCCGGUUUCUUUUAACGUCGGUAAGAGGGAGAAAAGAAGCACGCAGCCCAGCAGAAGGUCAACAGGCACACGGUACGCUACCAGUGUUGCCAACCUAGUCACACUGAACAAACUGCUGGGAGAACUCGUCCAUAGAGCCGCUGAAAUACGUAGACCGCUCUCCGCCAAAACCAGACGCUUGGGCGUCGGGUGUCCCGGCCACGUCGAUCCGUUUCAUUUUACGUCGAGGAGCCCGAGAAGCCCCGCCCCCUGCCGUCACUUCCUAAUUUAUUGGGCGUCCCCUUUUGGACACUGAUGACUGCAUGCAUUUGUUUCCCUUUUUUUUUUUCCUGUCAACUAACGACACAUACCUCAUGCCAGGUUCAAUUGUGUGUGUGUGUGUUUGUUUUCGGUGGUCUCGUCCGGUCGUUGUGUCGUCAACGCGAGAAUACUCUCUGCGCCAUACAUUCCCAUGUGUUUUUCCACUGACUGCCCCUAUUUAUGCCCAUUCUCUUGUGUUUUAUCUUCCUUUUCUUCUGGGAGGAUCGUUGGUUGCAGGUUCGCAUGCUCUGGAUGCCAGUCAGCAUGUAGCAGGGGCAAUGCCAGUUAUCAUUCUUUUUAAAUCCAGAAUUUAAAAAAAAAAAAAAAAAAAGAAAUAGAAAGUUGCAUCUAGGGUUUUUUCUUUUUUUGCUCUGGGGCCAAGUUGUUGCCAUGUUAGCCACUAGAAGAAAGGCGAAGUGGGUUGAUUAGUUAACUUCCGAACUAAAAAUCUUUAGCUUACUUUUUUACUAUUACUGAGGCUUUUCAAACUUCCGGGGCGGAAGGAUCGACAUCACUGGUGUUCUUUGUCUUCUUAGUUUUGGUGUGAUUUUUUGUACAAGGCUGACAUAUCUCGCCUUGUAGCUCCCACUAGAAGUUUUUCAAUCAAAAUUUUACAGCCCGACUAGACUAUUGAGGUCGGGCGUCCAUUCUCUAAAUGCAUGAUGCCCCCAGAAAUAAAAAUUAAGAGGUAAUUGAUUUAGUCAUUUAGCUCACUAAUUGACCCAUUUGGUAAUUUUUACAGUAGCCACUUGGCCCCAGGGGUAAAAAAAAAAACUAUUACAAGUUUCCUUUUUUUUUCUUUCCUUAAUUCUGGAUUGACUAAUUGCGAGUUUGUUUCGCACGCGCUGCGCACUGUGCGAGUUCUGUCCUAGAAUGCAUCACACUCGCGGAGUGCCGCACGGAGAACCGGUCCCGAACGAACUUGCCAAGUGCAAAGUGAUGCUGUCGCCACCUAUGUUGUAGCGAGAAUACCGACCUCAAACCGAAAUAACGCCCUGUUGUUCGACAUGACAGGCGGGAAUGCAAAAAAGUAUGGUCGCUGCAAUGUUUAUAUUUGCAAUGACUUGAAGACCUCUAUUGCCGUGGAGAUAUUUACAGAUGACCUGUGUUUCCGCCACAAGCUGUCAACCAAACUGUAAGAAAUAACAAAAAGUGAGCAAUCUUUCAAUUCUUAUCACUGUUGACACGGGAGAAAACACCGUUGAUACUAUUCGUGCACAGGCUUGAUCAGUUUUAAGCGUGAACUACUGAAAGGAUACAGUUUCAAAUUAGUCCGUUGAAAUCUCCAGCAAUACGUCUUGCGACACCGUCGAUUUCGAUCCUUGGUCGCAUAUAUAUAGGUAUCUGAAUCAGCCUUUAUCUCUAAUGAGAGCGGUGAGAUUGAGAACUUUUUCGAACAAAAAGAAAGGAGGGUGCAAACUAACUGUUGUAAGUAAAUCUUAAACAUGGUGGUUUUACCCAAGCCCCGGUUAAAGUCGCCAUGUUUAGCUCUCUCGACUGCUAAUUGUUCGCAUCACAGGUUCUGCUGGGUGAGCUUUCUCAAUGAAUGUUGUCCACUCGUGAGUCCACAAUCGGCCAUAUUUUGGCGACAACUUAAGAGAGAUCUCGUAAGAGAGAUCUUGCGACUGCUGAUCUGUUUGUCCCGAGACUUUUUGCUCAUCCAUAGGUUUCAGCAACUGAACGGCGACAAAACGACUAAAAACUUGCAAAAGUAUGGGUUGUCGAUUGCUCCCUUCAUGAAUUAGCAGAAAAUCGCAGUUAAGCUCGCAUUUGAUCCAGUCUUUCAUGGGACGUGCUUUCUAGCAGAAAAUCCACUUUCUUUGGGGGGUUCCACUUUGUGCGAAUGACAGCUCGUAGCGGAGCAGUAGCAGACGAAUCCCCGUCUGCUCUCUCUUCGCCUGCCUCGCCUGAGCAAUGCAAGAUGAGAUUGCAUUCUGGCACACACUCGAUUCUCUCCGUGCAGCGAGUGCACACAUACAUGGAGUGCUGGCGCUGGAACGAACUCGGAGAGCGCAGUCACUUGUGGAGUGCCGGUGGAACAAACUUGCUCCACGCUGCGAGUGGGCAUGCAUGGGUACGAGUGCAGUGAAAUGAACUCGCCAUAAGAAAGAACUCCCUAUAUGAACUGCUGCAAAAUGGAUGUUGAAUCCUGAAGAGCGCCUACAAAGUGUGCUUUUAUUUGUAGGGUAGAGUGGGUGCCCUGCAUUACUGAACUCGGCAUAUUUGAAUAUAUGUUAUGUAAAGAUCAACUAAGAACAAAAUGGGUGAAAAAGCAUUUCAAUUUAAUCCACCACCUGCUCAUCGGCCAUAUUUCAUAGCGAAAGUUUUAAACAAUGGUAUCUUGUGGAAGAGACAGUCUGGUUUAUCGUCGGGCUAUAAAGGGGGCAAAGCCAAUGUUAUAUGCGUUCCAGGUUUACUGUAUUGGGGCAAAGUUGACUGGCUUGUUCCCACUCAUUGGUUACCUCAGCACAGAGCUGCUCAGGCCGAAUCUCUAGUCUUGCAAUCCAAUUCCCCCUUUUUUUCCCUGUGCUGAGAGGCUGUAAAAGCCUUCGAGUAACUUUAGUACCACCGUCUACUUUUCAUCGCCCAAAACCGGCGAUGAAAGUGCCUGUACAUUGUUUCUUCCUAUUCUCGUUUUGCUUCAUCAUGUGCCAUGUUUUCUCUUUCUUCUCUUUUUUUUUUUUGACUACGUUGACGAAAAUGGACAAUAAAAUUUGUUUUGUCAACAUUG